AUGUAGAUUAGAUGUACAUAAGCUGAUCAUCAAAAUCAAUAAAUAACAGGGUUUUGCAUAGAGAGUACAUGCCCAAAUUAGAGACCUUAUUGUAAUUUUUGCUUGCCUCACCAUGGUCAACAUCUCAAUAAGUUAACAUCUUAGGAACUUUUAUAUGGUUGGAUUAAUGAAAGGAUCCUUAUGGUUUAGAAUAUUUAUAAGAAUGUUUUAGAAUGUAAAAUUUCCCUUGAUGGUCUUAUACAUUAGUUCCUUCAUUAUAAUGAUUUUAAUAUUGAAUAAUUCCCAGAAUUAGGAUUAACACAGAUUGAUUAAUUAAUAAAAGGUCUAUGUUAAAUAGGAGAUUGCGAAGAUAAGUUUAAGUAACUUAAAUAAUCAAUCGAAUAAUCGAAAUCGAUUAUAAAUGAAAUACUUAAGAAUAUAAAGAGUCAACCAAAUAUAAAGUAAAAUGAUAAUUUAUAGAUUCCAAACUAUAGUAUAGAAUAAUCGAAGCAAAGAAUUAUAUUUAAAUCAAAUCCAUUCAUUUUUGACCUUAUGAAUUAAUAUUCUAUUAAGUAAAAUGAAUGGUGUUUUGCUAUUGCUUUUAAUAAAGAUUACUCAAUCUUAGUAGCUGGAUGUAACAAGGAUAUUAAAGUGUUUCAACAUUUAUAGGGGGAACUGAAUUAAAUAUAAUUCUUAAGUGAGCAUAAAAAUUAUGUAAAUACAUUAAAUUUCAUGAAAAAUUCAAAUAAUUUUGUUUCUGGAAGUGAUGAUAGUUCAAUUAUAAUAUGGUAGAUGAUAGGAAAUAAUUAAUGGUAUUGUUCAUAAAAAUUGAAUGGACAUACAAAUUAUCUAUUAUGUUUAUUGGUGAACAAUAAUGAUGAUCUAAUUAUCUCAGGUAAUUAUGAUAAUACAAUAAAAUUUUGGACGAAAUAGGUAUAAUGGUUGUGUUCUUAAACCAUAAGUGAUCAUACUAGUGGUGUAUGUUCCUUAAGCUUUAAUGAACAAUAAAAUAAAUUGAUAUCUUGUUCACAUGAUUCAUAAAUAUUAAUUAUAGAAUAGUAAAAAAUGGAUAAAAAAUGGAUUGUUACAUAAAAGAUAAAAUCAGAUUAAUAUGGAAUAAGAUUAUGUUUUAUUAAUGAUAAUUAAUUUACAUUCUAACCCUUUUGUAAAGAAUAAAUGCAUAUAUAUGAAAUGGAUAGUAAUACGAAAUAAUAUGCAAAGACAAAGGAAAUUGCUGUAAAGUGUGGUUCAAGUGAUGAUUGUUGCUUUUUUCCAUAAUAAUAUAUAAAGUCAAAAUGCAUUCUUGUGAAUAAGAAUGGCAAUAAUGUUAAUUUAAUAAGUAGGAAAGAAAAUGGUGACUAUAUCAUUUAAUAAUCUAUUGAAUUUGGUACUUAUGGUAUUUUUGGAUAAUUGAGUGAUGACGGAGAGUAUCUGAUCAUUUGGAAUUAUUAAUCGAGGGAAAUAUAAAUAAGAAAUUUAAGAGAAUUAUGA